AUGACAUUAUUAUGUUAUCUAGGAAAUGGCACACCAUCUAAAGUAUGUCAAGUAUGUAAUGAUAAUGCCUCAGGAUUUCACUAUGGGGUGUGGUCCUGUGAGGGCUGUAAAGCAUUCUUCAAAAGAAGCAUACAAGGCCCGGUUGAUUAUGUGUGUCCAGCAACAAAUAACUGUACAAUAGACAAACAUAGACGUAAAAGUUGUCAAGCUUGUCGUUUGAGGAAGUGUUAUGAAGUAGGAAUGAAUAAAGGUUAUCAAAGAAAAGAAAGAAAGAGUAGUGGAGGUGGGGGAGGGGGUAAAGGUAAAAGAUGUCGAGCCGAUUCUUCAGAGAUGGCUGUUAAUUCAACUUCUGGUUCACUCAUUCCUUCAAAAUGUGCCAAACGAAGUCGAGCUUAUAUGAUUUUGGAAGCUUUACAGAAAGCUGAUCUGCCUGUAUUGGAGAGCUUCCAUAAUCAUAAUAUACCACCUUCUCGAAUACAUUUAUUAAAUACACUGAUUAAAUUAGCUGAUAGAGAACUAGUGUACCUGAUAAAUUGGGCUAAACACGUUCCUGGCUAUACAGACUUAUCUUUAAGUGAUCAAGUACAUCUAAUAGAAUGUUGUUGGAUGGAAUUAUUAUUAUUAAAUUGUGCAUUUCGUUCUAUGGACCAUGAGGGAAAACGUCUAGUCUUUGCUCCUGAUUUCCAUCUUGACAGACAAUUAUGGAAUUUAACUGGAAUGACAGAGAUAUUAGAACAAGUUGCAGCAGUAUCAGAAUUAAUGGUACAAUAUUGUAUUAGUAAAGAAGAACUGUUACUUUUACAGGCAACAGUAUUAGUAAAUGCAGAGGUAAGAAGACUAGCUAGUUUUAGUCGAAUACAAGAUAUGAGACAAGUAAUACUGGAUGCCCUAGUUGAAACAUCGGGCCGAUUUCACGCUGAUAAUAGUCGACACGUUCCCUCGAUACUACUUUUAUUAACCCAUAUACGACAAGCUGGAGAGCGAGGAAUAGCUUAUUUCCAACAAUUAAAACGAGAGGGAUGUGUUGUUUUCUGUGAUUUGCUGACUGAAAUGUUAGAAGCUCAUAAUAAUAUGGGUGAACGGCGAGUAAGCAAUGAAGUGGAAUGA